UGUGCAUAAUAAUUUAUUGGAAGGUUGAGGUGUACGGACUAAGGUGCUGUUAUGCGCAAUAGACCAAAAUCCAUCGCAUCAGAAGAACAUCACAUAAAUGGAGAUUUGCCGCGUGCCGAGGCAAUCGCCGGCGAUUAAUCUCCGAUUUGAGCAAAAGUCAGCGUUUCAGCCUGUAAGAGUGAGAUGCAAUCUCUCACAGGACGCGAAAACAUCGGCAGAACUUUGCAGCGGUGGUCGGAUGUUCAUUCUCGGAAUGGGUUUCGUCGGACAAUUCUUCGCCGCCGAUUGCAAGGCCAAAGGAUGGGUGGUGAGCGGGAGCUGUACAAGCAUUGCGAAGAAGAAAAAGCUCGAAGAGUUGGGAUAUCAGACUUAUGUCUUUGAUGCAAAUGAACCACAACUUGAAAUCCUAGAGAUUCUGAAAAAUCAUACGCAUCUAGUCGUAUCCAUCCCUCCUCUUGGGGGUCUUGGUGAUCCGAUGCUUCGUCAUAAAAGACUAGUAGAAACCGUGUUGAAGGGUGGGAAACUUCGGUGGCUGGUUUACUUGUCAACAACUAGCGUAUAUGGAGAUUGUGGUGGUGCAUGGGUAGAUGAAGAUUAUCCAGUAAAGCCAGCAAGUGAACUUGCCAGAGCGAGGUUAGCUGCUGAGGAAGAAUGGUUAUGUUUGGGCCAUAAUCUUGGUAUUGCAGCUCAAGUGUUUCGUCUUGGAGGUAUAUAUGGCCCUGGCAGAAGUGCUGUCGAUACCAUACUUAAGCAGGGACCUCCCUCGAAGGGCCAGAAAAAGAGAGUGUUAAAAAAUUAUACAUCUCGUGUUCAUGUUGCUGACAUAUGCCAAGCAUUACAUGCCAGUAUUUUGAGGCCAUCUGCUGGAAAGAUAUACAACAUAGUGGACGAUGAUCCUGCUCCAAGAACAGAAGUAUUUGAGCUAGCUCAGAAGUUGAUCCAGGAAAAAUUUCCAGGGAGCCAUGGAAAACAAUAUAAAUCUCCUGAAAGAGCAGAAUCACUUGUUACAGAGAAAGCUUCCAGGGGAGAAAAACGAGUCUCAAAUGCUCGUAUGAAGAAAGAACUGAGCGUGAAGUUGAUUCAUCCUACUUACAGGUCUGGACUGCGAAGCAUCAUUGACAACAUGAAUAGCUCACUCAUGCAAGAGUCACCAGGGUCAUGAUACUCGCGGAAAAGCCAAGUUUUCCUCUUUGGGUUGGAAUUCGGCAAACUACAACACUGGGAACGUACGGUAAGUGGUCCUAGACAAAAGAUGACUCACUACCAAUGUACUCAAUUGAUGUAAAUAUUUUUUUCUUCUUUUCUGUUAGAAAAAUGAAAAAGCAGGGAUGAAACCCCCACAAACAUUGCUAAAGGAGGAUUGCGCUUGUACCAUGGCCGUCAGCCAAAGUUUUUAUAAUUGAUCUAGUGUUGUGAAGAAUUAAUAUCCAA